GAAGGCAGCUGCUUAACCGACUGAGCCACCCAGCUACACUGGUUUGUGAUGUUUCUUGAUCACAUGCGGACUUGAUGCCAGCUAUAGAGUUAAUCUUGGGUCCUUGGAGGCUGUGCAAGAAAUUCUAGUUCCUUGGUGCUUGGAAUUUCGGUGGGUUGUGCAAGAAGUUCUGGUUCCUUCGUACCCAGGGGUUGCACAAGAGUACUCCUUUUUUCUGAAAAAGAGGGCAAAGUCAGUCUGGGCUCAAGGAAAGGUUUUGUCCCUUUUCCUUAUGCUUCUUCAUCCCUUACCAGUUAAUGGACUUGGCUUAUACAGGUGACCAGAGACUAAGGGAAGAGCUCAUGUUGGACAACUCAGUUUAGUCCAAGGACUGCACUUCUCCAUGAGGAGAAGCCAGAGGAGGACUCAUAAGUUGCAAUUCUAAGCCAUGCCUUGUAGAUUGGUGUUGUUCAAAGAUGUGGCCAUAGACUUUUCCCAGGAGGAGUGGGAGUGCCUGGACUUGGAACAAAAGGACUUGUACAGAGAUGUGAUGUUAGAAAACUAUAGCAACCUGGUCUCACUGGCAGGAUUUUCCAUUUCUAAAGCAGAUGUGCUUUCCUUAUUGAAGCAAGGGAAAGAGCCCUGGAAGGUUGUGCAGGAUGUGUCAAGAAGUCAGAGUUCAGACUGGGAAUCCAGGUGUGAGACCAAAAAGCUGUCCUCAAAGAGAGGAAUUUAUGAAAUUGAAUCAUCUCAAUGGGAGAUAAUAGAACAGCUUACAAGACAUAAGUGUAAAAGUUUUCGAGAUUAUAGGGAAUGCAAAGACCAGGUUGAAAGCCAAUUAGGAAAUAAAGAGGGACUUUUCAGGCAACUAUUAAUCACUUGUAAAGAAAUUCCCAAUUUUAGCCAGACCACAUCCCUUACAUUAAAACGAAGAAUUCAUUUUCCUGAGAAAUCCUAUGAAUGUAAAGCAUGCAGAAAAUACUUUAUCCACAGCUUUCAACUUACAGAACAUCAGCAAGAUCAUUCCAAUGAAAAAUUCUAUGAAUGUAAAGAAUGUGGAAAGGCCUUUAUUCAGAGCUCAGAACUUAUUUAUCAUCAGAGAGUUCAUGUUAAGAAACCCUAUGAAUGUAAGGAAUGUGGAAAAACCUUUAUUUGUGCCUCACAGCUUACUUAUCAUCAAAGAGUUCAUACUGGGGAGAAACCUUAUAAAUGUAAAGAGUGUGGGAAGGCCUUUAUUCGUGGCUCUCAUCUUACCCAGCAUCAAAGAAUUCAUACUGGUGAAAGACCCUAUGAAUGUAAUGAAUGUGGGAAGGCCUUUUUUCGUGGCUCUCAACUUACUUACCAUCAGAGAGUUCAUACUGCAGAGAAACCCUAUCAAUGUAAAGAAUGUGGAAAGGCCUUUAUUCGUGGCUCCCAACUUACGGAACAUCAGAGAAUUCAUACAGGUGAGAAACCCUAUGAAUGUAAGAAGUGUGGGAAAGCCUUUAGUUAUGGCUCACAGCUUACUCUACAUCACAGACUUCAUACUGGCGAAAAACCCUAUAAGUGUAAAGAUUGUGAGAUGUCCUUUAUUCGUGGCUCCCAACUUACUGAACAUCAGAGGAUUCAUACAGGUAGGAAACCACAUGAAUGUAAGCAAUGUGGAAAGACCUUUAACUAUGGCUCACAGCUUAUUCGUCAUCAGAGGAUUCAUACUGGUGAAAAACCCUAUGAAUGUCAAGAAUGUGGGAAAUCAUUUAUUCGUGGCUCACAACUUACCGAACAUCAAAAAAUUCACACUGGUGAAAAACCUUUUGAAUGUAAGGAAUGUGGGAAAGCCUUUAUUCGUGGCUCACAUCUUACUCAGCAUCAGAGGAUUCAUACUGGUGAAAAACCCUAUGAAUGUAAAGAGUGUGGUAAGGCCUUUAUUUAUAGCUCACAAUUGACUCAACAUCAGAGAAUUCAUACAGGUGAGAAUCCCUGUGAAUGUAAGCAGUGUGGGAAGAUCUUUAUUUGUGCCUCACAACUUAAUCUACAUCAGAUUUCUCACUCUGGUAGGAAACCAUAUCAAUGUAAGGAAUGUGGUAAAGCUUUUAUUCGUGGCUCACAGCUAACUUACCAUCAGAGAGUUCAUACUGGUGAGAAGCCCUAUGAAUGUAAUGAAUGUGGGAAAGCCUUUAUUCGUGGUUCACAUCUUACUCAGCACCAGAGAAUUCAUACUGGUGAGAAACCAUACAAAUGUAAUGAAUGUGGGAAGGCCUUUAGACGAGCCUCACACCUAACUCAACAUCAUAGCAUUCAUACUGGUGAAAAACCCUAUGAAUGUAAGCAAUGUGGGAAGGCGUUUAGUCGUGAUUCACAGCUCAUUCUUCAUCAGAGACUUCAUACUGGUGAGAAACCCUAUGCAUGCAAGGAAUGUGGGAAGGCCUUUACUCAGAGCUCACAGCUUAUUUUACAUCAUAGAAUUCAUACUGGUGAAAAACCUUAUAAAUGUGAAGAAUGUGGGAAAGCCUUUAUUCGUAGCUCACAACUUACCCGACAUCAAAAAGUCCAUACUGGUGAGAAACCUUAUGAAUGUAAAGAAUGUGGGAAGGCCUUUACUCAGAACUCGCAACUUACUCUGCACCAGAGACUUCAUACUGGUGAGAAACUCUAUGAAUGUAAAGAAUGUAGAAAGGUCUUUACUCAGCUCUCACAACUUAUUCUACAUAAGAGAAUUCACACCGGUGAAAAACCUUAUGAAUGUAAGGAAUGUGGGAAAGCUUUUAUUUGUGGCUCACAGCUUUCUCAGCAUCAGAAAAUUCACAAUGGGGAAAAGCCAUAUGAAUGUAAGGAAUGUGGAAAGGCCUUUAUUCGUGGCUCUUUGCUUAUGCAACAUCAGAGGAUUCAUACAGGUGAAAAGCCCUAUAAAUGUGAAGAAUGUGGGAAAGCCUUUAUCCGUGGUUCACAACUUACUCAACACCAGAGAAUUCAUACGAAUGAGAAGCCUUAUGAAUGUAAGGAAUGUGGAAAGACCUUUAGUCAUGGCUCACAGCUUACUCAACAUCAGAGAAUUCAUACUGGUGAGAAACCCUAUCAGUGUAAGGAAUGUGGAAAGGCUUUUAAUCGUGGCUCACUCCUUACUCGACAUCAAAGGAUUCAUACUGGUGAAAAACCCUAUGAAUGUAAAGAAUGUGGGAAAACUUUUAGUCGUGGCUCAGAACUUACUCAGCAUGAGAGGAUUCACACCGGUGAGAAACCUUAUGAAUGUAAGGAAUGUGGGAAAUCUUUUAUUCGUGGCUCACAGCUUACCCAACAUCAGAGAAUUCAUACUGGUGAGAAGCCGUAUGAAUGUAAAGAGUGUAGAAUGGCCUUUACUCAGAGUUCACAUCUUUCUCAACAUCAGAGACUUCAUACUGGUGAGAAACCCUAUGUAUGUAAUGAAUGUGGGAAGGCCUUUGCUCGUGGCUUACUACUUAUACAGCAUCAGAGAAUUCAUACAGGUGAGAAACCGUAUCAGUGUAAGGAAUGUGGGAAGGCCUUUAUUCGUGGUUCACAACUUACUCAACAUCAGCGAAUUCACACUGGAGAAAAGCCUUACGAAUGCAAGGAAUGUGGGAAGGCCUUUAGUCAUGGCUCUCAACUUACUUUACAUCAGAGAAUUCAUACUGGUGAGAAGCCCUAUGAAUGCAAAGAAUGCAGGAAAGCAUUUACUCAGAGCUCACAUCUUUCUCGACAUCAGAGAGUUCAUACUGGUGAGAAACCCUAUCAAUGUAAGGAAUGUGGGAAGUCCUUUACUCGUGGUUCACAACUAACUCAACAUCAGAGAAGUCAUAUCAGUGAGAAAUCUUUUGAAUAUAAGGAGUGUGGGAUAGAUUUCAGUCAUAGUUCUCAAGUUUAUAUAUGAAUUACCUGAUUCUUUAUGAUUAAGAUAGCCUUCUCUGGUCACUAAUCCAUUAUUAUCAAAGAAUUCCUAAAAUGUGAAUAUGGGAGCGUAUUUGCCUCAUAAAGUUCAGCAUCAGUGAAUUCUAAUGGGGGAAGAUAUUGUUAAUGUAAUCUAUGUAGAAAAACCUAUCAUUACUGGAAACCUAUUAAACUUUAGCUUAUAAUAAUAGAGAAUAAUUCUGUUAAUAUAGUAAAUAUAUUGAGGCCUCUGGCUGUAGAAUUUGUCUUUUCCAACAUUAUUUUGACUCUACCAGCUACUUUCCUUCGUGACAUUUAUAAUUAACCUCUGCUUUGGCUUAAUCAUUUGUAAGAUAGGCCUAAUACCUUCCUUGUAAGAUUCUUGGAAGUAUUAUGUGAGACAUUUCAUGUAAAGUUCUUAGAGCAGUGCCUUGAACAAGCAUAGCACAAGUAUUAGCUAUCAUUAUUACUAGUAUGAUUUUAGAGAAUUUGCAUGAGAAGAGGACACUUAGGGGUAUAAUGAAUAUUGAGAAAUCUUUCAUUAAUAUUUGACCCUGACUGUUUGAGUGGGGGCCACUGUAUGCUGUAAUGAACAUGAGAAAGCUUUCAUUCACAUCUUAUUCCAUAUGCUAGAAGAGGAAAUUCAUACUGUUGGGGGUUGGGGGGAGAUAAAAAUUUGUAGAUUUAAUCAGUGGAUUGUUGAAGAGAGGUAAAGUGAAUUGUAACAAGGUCCAAAAAUUCAUAUGUCCUAUCAUUUUUACCAUAAUUCAAGAAUAUUAUUUAAGAAAUGAAAAACAAUGGCUAGCCAAAAUAAAAUUUCCUACUAGGAAAUUUCUAAAAACUUGAAUGUACAGCUUUUUAAUUAAACUAAAAAUAAACUGAUAUUACUAUUUUGCAGUGAAACAUGACAUUCUGUCACAGACUGCUACUUCCCUACCCAAUAUCCAUUUUUCCUUUAGAAUUCUUGGCUGAAAAAUGAUCUCAGCCUCUUUUGCAGCUCAGCAAGAUGGAAGUGGUAUUUGUACAUGUAGGACAUUUAAGAAUACCUUUCUCUCUCUGCAUUUCUUUGUUUCCCUGCCUACAAUGUGGACAUUUAGUUUACAGCUCUGGUGAUUUUAUGGAGAAUUUGAAAAUGAUUACCUGGGUACUAAGGAUGAUGGAGCAGAAAUACAGAAUGAGUCUACACCUGUACUGAUUUUUUGGAACAGUUGUACCAAUUCUGGUCUGUCUGCCUCCUGUAUUUCUUUAUAUAAAAUUCAAAUAAACUUAUUUGUUGA